AUGGGGAGUAAUCAAUCAUCCAACCCCCAAACUGGAAGGACAACUUGGACUCCUCCCAUGGAUCGACUGUUCAUGGGUCUAAUGGCAGACCAAGUACAUGAAGGACAACUACUUGAUGGUCAGUUCAGCAAACAUGCUUGGACGCACAUUUUCGAUAAUUUCAGGCAGAGUUUUGGUUCUUCUUUUACCAAGGAUGUGUUGAAAAACCGUAUGAAAACUUUGAAGAAAAACUAUGUUGCUGUAAGUACUCUUAGAGGUCAAAGUGGAUUUGGAUGGGACCAGUCGCGAGAAGUUGUGGUUGCUGAUGAUGAUGUAUGGGAUGAAUAUAUCAAGAAGCAUCCUGAUGUCAAAUGCUGGAGGACAAAGUCGCUUCCACACUUUGAUGAUUUAGCUGAUAUAUUUGGGGAUAAUCGGGCCAAUGGAAGGUAUAGGCGCUGUUGGAAUGACAACACUGUGCACGAUGAUGAUGACCAGCAUGACAGGGAUCAUGAAAAUUUAGAAAACACGCAAUCUCCAGACCGUUUUACAAACGGUACUCAAGAACAAAGUGAGAAUGCAUAUGCAUAUAAAGAUAAGGUUGAGGACUUGCAUACAUCUGAUACUCAAAAAAUGGCUCGAGCUUCAAUAGGUCCAAAUUCACGUUCUUUUAGAAAGACCAAAAAGAGUACUGGAGAAUGGUAG